GGUCAGUGUGCGAGAGGUCGUGUGCGGGGGAAGGUGCAUGGCGAUGACGGUGACAAUUUAGUGCUAUAAUCCUUGCAAUGGCUAACCCGGCGGCCCCGAGGAGGAGUGGAGCCAUGAAAAUACGCCUCACCAUCCUGUGCGCCAAGAACUUGUCAAAGAAGGAUUUCUUUAGUUUGCCGGAUCCCUUCGCCAAGAUCAGUGUGGAGGGCUCGGGUCAGUGCCACACCACCGACAUCUGCCGCAACACCCUCGACCCAAAGUGGAACCAGUACUUCGACUUGUAUGUUGGCAAGGGCGACGGCAUCACCAUCAGCGUGUGGAACAGACGGAAGAUCCACAAGAAGUCUGGCAGCGGGUUUCUAGGAUGCGUCCGUCUCCUGGCCUCGGCUAUCCACCGCCUCAAGGACACCGGAUACCAGCGACUUGACCUGACACGCGUUGGCCACGAUGACAGUGAGCCCGUGCGAGGACAGAUCGUGGUGUCCCUCAUGUCCCGGGACGGCCGAGGCACAGGCUCUCACAAUGCAGUAGUCGACACAUUAGGGAACCUCUCCUCUCCUGACGACCUGCCGGAGGGUUGGGAGGAGCGGAGAACCACCACAGGUCGCCUCUACUACGUCAAUCACCACGACCGCACCACCACCUGGGAGCGACCCACACUACCAGCGCACAUCUCAGUGGAGCGCAGGCGGCCCGACAAGACGUACACGUGUCCAUGUGCCAUCUAUGUCUUCCUCUCGUCUGUCUUCUCCUGUGUUGCUCCCAGUGCCUCCAAUUCCCCCUCAUGCUCAGGCUGCCCUUCCUCCUCCUCCUGUUCCUCUUCCUCCUCUGCCUCUCACUCCUGCGCCAGAGGUUGUGGUCAAGCAUGCCCCUCAUCCUCAGCUGCUUCUGGCUGCACAAGAUGUUCUAGUCAUUCCCAGCCUUCCACUUCCUCUGCUCCGUCUAGCUCUGUUGGAUGCCAUAAGCCUUGCUCUCACCAUCACUCUCACUCGCACACACCAUCAUGUGCACAGCCCCCCAAAAUUACAUGUGGUGAGGCGUGCCCUCCAUACACAUCCUCCGGUUCUCCCUGCACUGGACCCUCCCCCUCCUCCAAGUGUGACCCCACCAAGCCCUCACGACACAGUGCCGCGUGUUACAGGCCGGGUGAUACAAGCGCUCUGGGCUCUCCAAGCAGACAUUCCACAUGCUCCAACUCAGUCCCGGCAAGUACAACCUCCAACUCGUCACCCGUUGGAGGGAACAUUGUACUCAGCAACCCCAACACAAGCUCAGACGUGCCCCCGCCGCCAGAAGGAACGCCAGUCAGACGAGACACACGAGACCGAGAGCACCGGAGGAGUAGGGCGGAGAGCGUGGAGCGUGUCAGUCAGCGGGAUGGCGGCAAUGAAGCCCGGCAGAACCCAAGCUCCGUACGCAGACGUUCUGCCCGCCACCGCCACUACCUCUCACGCAACCAGCUCCACCAGCCGCCAGACCUCCCGGAAGGCUUUGAAAUGCGCACCACCCAGCAAGGACAAGUCUACUACUACAACAUUCACACCGGAACCUCCACGUGGCACGACCCCAGAGUGCCCCGGGAUCUCGGGAACGUCAACAUCGAUGAUCUGGGUCCCCUUCCGAGUGGGUGGGAGCUGAGACACACCCCCAGUGGACGGCCAUACUACCUGGACCACAUCAACCGCACCACGCAGUUCACCGACCCAAGGCUCUCGGACAGUCUCAUCCUCAGUAACAUUCUCAGGUCUAGAAAUGAAGGAAAUCGGACAAGUGUAAUAGAGACUGGCGGCAGCAGUGACCCAAGAUCUAUUACGAGCAAUGAGAGUCCCGUGCCAACCAACAGUAUUUCCAACACCACGAGGAGUAACCGAACCUCCAGCAACAGCAGACGAAGCAGUACUUCCCGUAGCCGAGGUCCAUCCCCUGAGGCCAACACCUCAGGAGUGACUAUAUCAAACAAUGUGCCUAAUAAUGAAGAUACUAAUAACUCUGUCGUUAAUAGUACUCCCGUUAGCCCCACUUCUGUGCCUACUAGUAGCAUUAAUAAUAGCGUCAGCAUGAGCAGCGAGCGCAGCGGCGUCACGACCACCAGCGUGAGCAGCAGCAAUACCGUGGUGCUGCAGAACAACAGCACCAACCUGCAGAUCAGCACCAGCAAUAAUACUCCUGGACCCAAGGAGCCAGCUGUGAUAGAGAUGGAUAGUGACUGUCUGCCCAAAUACAAACGUGAUUUAGUUGCUAAGAUGAAGGUGCUGCGGGCCGAGCUGCAGUGCCUCCAGCCCCAGAGUGGACACUGCCGGCUGGACAUUCCACGAGGAGAAGUGUUUGAGGAGUCGUACAGACAAAUCAUGAAGAUGCGACCAAAGGACCUUCGGAAGAGGCUGAUGGUUAAGUUUAAAGGAGAGGAGGGACUGGACUACGGAGGUGUGGCGCGAGAGUGGCUCUACCUCCUGUCCCAUGAAAUGCUCAACCCCUACUACGGCCUAUUCCAGUACUCCAGGGAUGACAUCUACACACUGCAGAUCAACCCAGACUCCAGCAUCAACCCAGAACAUUUGUCCUACUUCCACUUUGUGGGCCGAGUCAUUGGAAUGGCAAUCUUCCACGGCCAUUACAUUGACGGGGGCUUCUCCAUGCCCUUCUACAAGAUGCUGCUCAACAAGCUCAUCAUCCUGGACGACAUUGAGGCUGUGGACCCUCACCUGCACCGCUCCCUCAACUGGAUGUUGGAAAAUGACAUCACAGACAUCAUUGACAACGCAUUCACUGUUGAGCACGAGAGCUUUGGCGUCCUGCAGAUGAGGGAGCUGAAGCCCGGCGGCAGCAACAUCAUGGUGACAGAGGAGAACAAGAAGGAGUACGUCAAGCUCUACGUCAAUUACAGGUUUAUGCAGGGUAUAGAACAGCAAUUUGCUGCUCUCCAGAAAGGUUUUACAGAAGUGGUCCCUCAACACUUACUGAAGCCUUUUGAUGAAAGAGAACUGGAACUGAUCAUUGGUGGCUUAGGGAAGAUAGACAUUGAUGACUGGAAAGCAAACACAAGACUUAAGCACUGCACCCCGGAGACACCAGUCGUCGGCUGGUUUUGGCAGAUCGUUGACUCCUACACGGAAGAAAUGAGGGCACGGCUGCUGCAGUUUGUGACAGGUUCCUCGCGGGUUCCUCUUCAGGGCUUCAAAGCCUUGCAAGGGUCCACCGGUGCUGCUGGGCCAAGGCUGUUCACUAUUCACCAGAUAGAUGCUCCAACAGAAAAUCUACCUAAAGCACACACUUGCUUCAAUCGCAUCGACCUUCCCCCCUACGAGUCAUAUAGCAAGAUGCUGGAGAAGCUGACUCAGGCUGUGGAGGAAACUUGCGGGUUCGCUGUUGAGUAAGCUGUGGGGACGCAGCUUGUUGGCAUUUGAGCAUAAAUAUUUGUUAUGUUUGCAUACAAGUGGUGUAUGUGAUUGUUUGUAGACGCAACUACCAACGUUCAGUGCCGCGACACUGAGAAGGAUACUUUCAUGCAUUACUUAUGAGUUCUGUGAACUGUGGAAUGUCAAAGUUGUUUCAAGUGCUUUCUAUAUUUAUAUGAAUUAGACUGAAAAACUACUAACACAGCACUCUCCUUAUCUUUUAUUAGACAUUAAAAGCCAAAAGUUAAGUGACAAUAUGUUGAUUCCCAUCAGCAUAUCAUGGGUGUCUUCCCUUAGCAGUGAUAAGGAGAUUUCAACCAGGCUUUGUAUUUUAUAAACUGAGAUGAACUCAGUAUUUAGUCAUUUGUGAAUAACCUGUGAUAGCAAUACAGUUCCAACUUCCAGGGCAGUGACACACAUGUACAGACUCAUUUUUUGACAUAUUGCAAGUGAAGUGUGAGCUUGAUCCAGGGAUUUUAAUUUAUUAUUAGUCAAUCCUUAGAAUGUCAUUGCUCACUCCAGCUGUAAACAUUUAUAGGCUUUGGUAAUGCUGUGGCCUAGAAGGGUCUAUUUUUAUUGAAAAUUUUAUGUACAUAACUCACAUAUCAAAAUGUAUAUUGAGGAUAGGAGAUAUGAGAUAUGUCUACUGCCAAAAACAUGAGAAAACUUCCCAUAGCAUACUUUUAUGCGCAACCUCUCAACUUUGUAAGCAGGGGAAAGUUGUUCCUCUUUUUAAUGUAGAUAUUUGCAGAUUGGUACAGAGGAAGCAUCGCCGUACAUUACUUCACUUGGGUACACACACACACAUACACACACUUGCUUAUAUGCAGGUACAAAACACUGAAGACUUGCGGCCUGAAAUUCUUCCCCGCACUCUACCGCCACACUUUUGUUUAGUCAGGGUAGUUGGUUGCAGGCAUUUUUACCGUGAGUUUUUAGCUUACAUGAGAAAGAAUCUCAUAAUUCUUGCAACUGGGUGCCUCUUUAUCCUAAUUUCAGUCAGUAACAGAUAGCAUUUAUUUUAUACGGUGAAAGUAAAUUGAAAAGUCUGCACAAUUGUUAAAAAGUUAUUGUUAUUGUGUGUUGCUAUUGCCAUCAGUUAGGUUAAGAAAUUAAAACCCCGUGUGAAAGUGGUCAUGUUUAUCAUCGUGUAAAUAACCAUUCCAUCAUCACUUGACUUGUGCUGGAGCUGCAGAGUCUGUACCAAACACAACGUACAGGCCUUGGUCAUUACAGUAUCAGCUCUUGCUUAAAAAACUGUUAAUACUCCAACCUCAUGUGCUGUGUUCAUAUUUGACAGCCAGUAGGCACAUUCCGUUAGUUUCUUUAAUAUGGUAGUCAUUGGGAUGAGGAAUGAACAGUUUAAGGAUUCAUGAUGCUUCAGGUAUGAGUUGUUUAGCAGUACAGUGUAAAUUGCCGUCUUGUUUUGUAGCGUUAAGAGUAUACCGGUUACACUAGGAAACAAUCAACAUAUCAUGAGCCUAGAGUGUCCCAUUUCCUCAAGGUGUCUCUGCAGUACCUUCUUCCUUGUUAAAUUCUGAUACAUAUAACAAGGUACUUAAACCAUUAUGAGGAUUCUUGCUUAUGCACCAGGAAGUGUUCGCUCUUGUUCGUCGACAGAAUCUUGGGUAUCACUGUUGGCUUUGAAAAUAAUCUCGUUCUGUAAAUCACUGUUGCAGGGAAGGGAAAGGAAGGUCACUUGUAUAACAUUUUCCCAAUCUUGAAAUGAUGAGUAGCUCUGGACAUACUCCAAACUACACUUCUUUCUUGGCCUUAACUGGAACUUGAAGCAGAAUGUAUAGCAGCGGAAUAUACUCGUCAAAUGAUAUUG